AUGCCAGAAAAAAAGAAAAAGAAGAAGAUCCAAAGUGUUCAAGUCUUUGGCCGAAAGAAAACAGCAACAGCAGUAGCUUAUUGUAAAAGAGGGAAAGGAAACAUUAGAGUAAAUGGAAGACCCUUAGAUAUGAUAGAGCCUAGAAUUUUACAAUAUAAAUUGCAAGAACCAUUCUUAUUGCUUGGAAAGGAAAGAUUUUCAGGUGUAGAUAUGAGAAUUCGUGUCGGUGGAGGAGGACAUGUAGCUCAGGUGUAUGCCAUUAGGCAAGCUAUUUCUAAAGCACUUGUCGCUUACUAUCAGAAAUAUGUUGAUGAAGCUUCUAAAAAAGAAAUCAAGGACAUUUUAAUUCAGUACGAUAGAACACUAUUGGUCGCUGAUCCAAGAAGGUGCGAACCGAAGAAAUUUGGUGGUCCAGGUGCAAGAGCCAGAUACCAGAAAUCUUAUCGUUAA